AUGGAGUUUAACAAGUCCAAAACCACUCGGCCGAUCAAGCAUCACGACCCGGGAAACUCAAGCCGCGGUCGGCCACGCCACAACUGGCCGCGCCACAACCGCGCACGACCAAAGCGCGCAAGCCGGGAAGUAACGCCUCGCUUUCGCGCAACUGACCUCACGUACCGCGCACUUACGCUUCAUCCGACCCGGGAAACUAUGCCUUGUGUCCGGCCGAAGAUUUCCAUCGGCCAAUUCCUAUCCGCCCGACCACGCCGGCCGAUCGUCAUAACAUCCGGCCCCGACCGUUCCGAAGACCCGACUGUCCGGCCGACCGUCCCGCACGACCGUCCGAACGCCGCGGUCGACCCGAAGCCGUUUUUGAAGCCCAAUCCGCACAAUUCAAGCCCAAAGCCGGCGCCGCCCUAG